AUCAAAUGCCCCCUCUCCCACUCCAUUAAGCAAGCAAGCAAAAGCUCAGCAAAAACCAAGAUCCCACCCGCCGCGCCUGCAAAACCCCUGACCUUUCUCGAGUCUCGCGGCCGCCGUUUCCAUCCCUCUCCGCCCGCCCGCGCGCGCGGCCGUGGCGCCGUGCGAUGGGUUCGGUGUCCCUGAACAUGGCGAGCUCCCGGCGCGGCGGGCGGCGCCUGUCGUGCCUCUGCUCCCCGGCGUUGCUCAACCUCCUCGUGCUCCUCUCGCUCCUCUCCACCAACCUCCUCGCCCUCCUCGCCUUCCUCUCCCCUCGCUCCCUCCCCGGCCCCACCACCACCGCCCCCUCCAACCUCUCCGCCGCCUCCUACGCCAUCUCCGCGCAGGUCGCCGCCAUCGCGCGGGAGAUCGACUCCUCCCGCCUCGUCCCGCACCGCCAGGCCGACGGCAGCCUGACCCCGGAGCUACUCCUCUUCCUCUCCCCGCACGCGCUCCCGCUCGGCCGCGACGCGCGCACGGGGCUCACCCACAUGCCGGCCUCCGUCGCGCACGCCUGCUUCCGCUCCCCCUCCACGCUCGCGAUGCUCGCGGCCUUCACGUCCUACGCGCCGCACGCCGCGUGCCCGCGCAACGCCACCCUCCCGCACCGCCUCGUCUCCAAGGGCUGCGAGCCGCUGCCCCGCCGCCGCUGCCUCUCCCGGGGGCCCCGCGCACCGCUCCCGGCCUCCAACAUGGGCCUCGACAACCGCCGCUGGGUGAAGCCGCGCCACGACCACGAGUUCCUCAUCGACGACGUGCUGCGGCUCAGCAGCGCAUCUAGUAAGAUCCGGAUCGGCUUCGACGUCGCCGGCGGCGCCGCCAAUUUCGCCGCCAGGAUGAGGGAGCGCGGGGUGACCAUAGUCACCUCGAUGCUCGACAACGCCGGGAAGCCCAUGAACGAGUUCGUGGCGGCGAGGGGGCUGUUCCCGCUGCUGCUUUCGCCCGCGCACCGGUUCCCGUUCUACGACGGGGUGUUCGACCUCGUGCACGUCGGGACCACCGCAUUGGAUGAAGGCGGGGCGCCGGCGCUGGGGCAAGCGGGGACGGAGGAGGCGCUGGAAUUCUUCAUGUUUGAUGUCGACCGGGUGCUGCGCGUCGGUGGGCUGCUCUGGAUUGACAGUUAUAUGUGCCACAGCGAGCAACGGAGGCAGCUGGUUGUGAGGCUCAUUUUGAGGUUCGGUUACAAGAAGCUCAAAUGGGUGGUAGGAGAGAAGGCCGGCACAGGGAGCGCAAAGGCAGCAUUGUACCUCUCCGCAGUGCUGCAGAAACCGGCGCGGAGUUGAAAUUGAAAGGAUGGAUGGUUUGCUUUGUUCUUGAUCCGAGGUGCGAAUGUACCCUUCAAUUAUUUGGUAGUUCAGGUAUUUGACACGAGAAAUGGGCAUGUGGUUUAGGUUUCACGAAUUAGCUUGAUUCUAUUGUUUGUUCAGUGAUAAUAACUUAAAAUAAGUGAAGAGGGUACAAUAUAUUUCACUUUUUGUUAUCUUGUAAUAGGCUGCUGUUAAGUUGGAAAUGGAAACAUAUGAUGUAGAAUUUGUAACUCAACUGGGGGGGCUCCAAAGUGAGCGUCCAAUGAUGUGCAAUUCUCAAUUUAAGGAGAAAAGGGAAGUAAAGGAUGUUCUUCGAGCUAUCUAUUUACUUUGUUCGUCUGAA